AUGCACCUCAACGCAAAGACGAUUUUGCAAAUCCACGGCAGAUUGAAUCGUUUGGGACAGAAGAACGCUGUGAAGUGGCACAACUUGAAGGUCAAGAAUUAUUUUCAUGAUCAUGAAGAAAGAGUGCUUCUUACCAAAUGGUCUCGGCAAUCGUCUGCUGAGGCUAGUUUUCCGUACUGGAUUUCUGGGGCACUGCGCGAGGUUGUCCAUUUUGAGCUAAUGAAGGCGUACAUGAACCAUCCUUUCAAUCGCUACGCCUACGUUGUAAUUUAUGAUCGUGAUGCUCCUAAGAUGGAAUACUAUACGCAGAAGGUUGUGAAGUUGGGACACGCUUGCUCUGCCCUUGUCAAGCUUAUGACGGAGACAGAUCGCGGGCAAUCCUGGACGGAAAACGAUGAAUAUCUUAUGGUUGCCAUGUUGGAAAUGAGCCAGGAGAUCAGCGUGGGAGAAUUUGAGACUAGGCUCACUUGCGGAGAGCAACUCCUACGUCAAAAAAAUGGAGGAAAGGCUCGAAAGGACGAAGUUGAAGGUCGAAAGAAGCAGUCCAAAUCCGACGAGUUGCUCAGCUCCGAGGAUAUGGAAGGCGAGAGUGAACGUGAAGAUGAAGCCGAGGAGUUGGCAGAUGAGGAAUUUCCCUUGGUUAGGGACGAAUGA